AGAGCACUGAAGCAAAAGUGAUAAAGUAGCCAACAGUAGUUAGUUAUCCUUUUGCAAUGAAUCUGUCAAGCCUCUUCCUUCUGGCCCUUGUGGCAUCGGUCGCUGUUAGCGCCGGAUCUGCCCACAGAAUCAGCAGGCCUGAACCAGAAGCUCCCAAGGAGCCAUGCCUAGCCUCAACCACCAGGCCUCCUUGUGUGCGGACAACAACUCCGCCCCCACUCUGUGAAAAAGACACAAAGACGACUACAACGCCCACUCCAACAACAACAACCUGUUCAACAACUACUCCCACAACUACAACAACCACUUGUUCUACAACAACAACAACGACUACAACUACCACUACUACUACAACUACAACAACCACUACGACCUGUUCAACAACAACUACAACAACGACUUGUUCCACUACAACAACUACAACUACCACAACCACAACAACAACAACUACUACAACAACAACCACAACUACUACUACAACGACAACCACCACUACAACAACUACGACCUGUUCAACAACAACCACACAAACUCCGGAGAAGCCCUGUCAGCCUGAAGAGCCCAUAACCCCUACCCCAGCGACACCGGAAAGUCCUUGCCAGCCUGAUGAACCCUCAAAGCCGGAGAAACCAGUUACUCCUAUUCCGGAAAAUCCUUGCCAUCCUAAUGAGCCCCAAACUCCAGAGAAACCAGUAACCCCAGCUCCGGACAGUCCUUGUCAGCCGGAUGAAGACACUACAACAACGACAACCACUUGUUCAACAACAACGACGACUACAACAACAACAACCACAACUACCACUACUACGACAACCACCACUACAACAACUACCACUACUACUACAACGACAACCACCACUUGUUCCACCACAACAACAACCACAACUACCACUACAACAACUACCACUACUACAACAACUACAACCACCACCUGUUCCACCACAACAACAACCACAACUACUACAACCACAACUACUACAACCACAACUACUACAACCACAACUACCACCACUACUACAACGACAACCACCACUACAACAACUACGACCUGUUCAACAACAACCACUCAAACUCCGGAGAAGCCCUGUCAGCCUGAAGAGCCCAUAACCCCCACUCCUGCGACACCGGAGAGUCCUUGCCAGCCUGAUGAGCCCCCAAAGCCAGAGAAACCAGUAACUCCUAUUCCGGAGAGUCCUUGCCAGCCUGAUGAGCCCCAAACUCCAGAAAAACCUGUAACUCCUACUCCAGGGAGUCCUUGCCAGCCUGAUGAGCCCCAAACCCCGGAGAAACCAGUAACCCCAGCUCCGGACAGUCCUUGUCAGCCUGAUGAAGACACUACAACAACGACAACCACCUGUUCAACAACAACUACAACAACGACGACUACAACAACAACAACCACAACUACCACUACUACUACAACAACAACCACCACUUGUUCCACCACAACAACAACGACGACUACAACAACCACAACUACCACUACUACGACAAGCACCACAACAACAACUACAACCACCACUUGUUCCACCACAACAACAACCACAACUACUACAACCACAACUACUACAACCACAACUACUACAACCACAACUACCACCACUACUACAACGUCAACCACCACUACAACAACUACGACCUGUUCAACAACAACAACUCAAACUCCGGAGAAGCCCUGUCAGCCUGAAGAGCCCAUAACCCCCACUCCUGCGACACCGGAGAGCCCUUGCCAGCCUGAUGAGCCCCCAAAGCCGGAGAAACCAGUAACUCCUAUUCCGGAGAGUCCUUGCCAGCCUGAUGAGCCCCAAACUCCAGAAAAACCUGUAACUCCUACUCCAGGGAGUCCUUGCCAGCCUGAUGAGCCCCAAACCCCGGAGAAACCAGUAACCCCAGCUCCGGACAGUCCUUGUCAGCCUGAUGAAGACACUACAACAACGACAACCACCUGUUCAACAACAACUACAACAACGACUACAACAACAACUACAACAACAACAACGACUACAACAACAACAACUACAACAACGACUACAACAACAACGACUACAACAACAACGACGACAACCACUACAACAACCUGUUCGACAACCACAACACGAAAACCAUCAUGCAAGCCGAAGAAAACCACUCCCCCACCUUGCAAGUGCACAACAACCAAUCCACCACCUUGCAAGCGCACAACAACCACUCCAGCUCCUUGCGAUGAAACGACCACACCGGCUUGUGGAGCUGAACAACAGAAUGAUGGUAUUAUUGCUCACAUCAAGGAAAUUUUCACAGGCUCAAGCACCACCACCAACGCUCCUACUGUGAUCGGAACCAGCCCAAUGUGUCGUGGUCGCGCUGAGGGAAGCAUUGUCCAGGACCCGAACCACUGCAGGAGGUACUAUGAGUGCCGCUCCGGUCGCCGCUUGUUGCGCAAGUGUCGUGCUGGUCUCUGGUUCGAUUCGGAGGCAGGAGAGUGCCGUGCCCGCAACUUGGUGUUGAACUGCCCGGCCCAGCGUAACUGAUGCGCUGAGUUGAUUUAACUGGAUUAAGGCCAGAGCUUGCAUUGCAACUUCUAUUUUUAACCAACAGUAACCACAUAAUCAAUAAACAACUGCAUUAAAAUAUUAA